AUGGCGGAUCUCACUUGUACGACGCCGUUUCUGCUCUACCCUUCACUCGUCAUCAUCCUCUUCUUCUACUCCCUUAACCACCAUAACCGAUUUCUCUCCUCCGUCGUCGACGAUGAUCCUUCGUGCCGUCUCUCUCUCUCCUCUUCGAAUUCGUCUUCUCCACAAUCUGUUUUCUCUUCCUUCAGAUUCUUCCCUUUUCGUUCUUCUUCCUCUUGUCUCUCCACUCUCAACAAUUCGUCGUCAGAAGUUACGGUGGUAGAAGAAGUUGAUGAAGCAGUGGAGAGAAUCGAAGAAGGUUUGGCGAUGGCAAGAGCCGCCAUCAAGAAAGCCAAAGAAGUGGAUCUCCGUCGCCGUCGUGAUCGGAGGAAUAAUUCGAAUUUGAGAUUCGCAUCAAAUGGUUCUGUCUAUCUCAACGCUUUUACAUUUCAUCAGAGCCACAAAGAGAUGGAGAAGAGAUUUAAGAUAUGGACAUAUAGAGAAGGAGAAGCUCCUCUGUUUCACAAGGGUCCUCUCAACAAUAUUUAUGCUAUUGAAGGCCAAUUCAUGGACGAGAUCGAGAACGGAAAAAGCCGUUUCGCGGCAGCUUCACCGGAGGAAGCCACUGUGUUCUACAUCCCUGUUGGGAUCGUCAAUAUCAUACGAUUUGUCUAUAGACCUUACACUAGCUAUGCCCGAGACCGUCUCCAAAACAUUGUGAAAGACUACAUCUCUCUCGUCUCUAACCGUUACCCUUACUGGAAUCGAAGUCGCGGUGCUGACCAUUUCUUCCUCUCCUGUCACGAUUGGGCACCUGAUGUUUCAGCGGUAGAUCCAGAGCUAUACAAGCAUUUCAUCAGAGCUCUCUGCAAUGCCAAUUCAUCUGAGGGAUUCACCCCCAUGAGAGACGUUUCAUUGCCGGAGAUCAACAUCCAAUACGGCCAAUUAGGGUUUGUACACGACGGAGAACCCCCUCAGAACCGCAAACUCUUGGCGUUUUUCGCGGGAGGUUCUCACGGAGAAGUCCGCAAAAUACUUUUCGAACACUGGAAAGAAAAGGACAAAGACGUCCUAGUCUACGAGUAUCUCCCCAAAACUAUGAACUACACCAAGAUGAUGGAUCGAGCAAAGUUUUGUCUGUGUCCGAGCGGUUGGGAGGUAGCGAGUCCAAGAAUCGUGGAGUCUCUUUACUCUGGUUGCGUUCCGGUCAUCGUUGCUGAUUAUUACGUUCUUCCAUUUAGCGAUGUGUUGAAUUGGAAGAGCUUCUCAGUUCAUAUUCCGAUAUCGAAGAUACCGGAGAUAAAGAAGAUUCUAGAAGCGAUACCGGAAGAAGAGUACUUGAAGAUGCAGAGGGGAGUUCUUGAGGUUCGGAAACACUUUGUCGUAAACAGACCAUCAAAGCCAUUUGAUAUGUUGCAUAUGAUUAUGCAUUCUAUAUGGUUACGUAGGCUUAAUGUACGAAUUCCUCUUUCACAGUGA